AUGGCGGCGAUCAUCCGUCACCGCUUCGAAGCGGCCAAGGUCAACUUGAAGGCAAAGACCAACAAAUCCGGAUGGAUACUCAAGCAGGAGCCGACGUCGUUUGGCGAUAAAGACACAUGGAGCAAUAUCGAUAUGGACGUGACGCCAGUAGAGCGCCGAACAUGGACCAGCUUGACGAUAUUCGGCUUCUGGAUGUCGGAUGCCAUGAAUGCACAAGGCUGGAUGGCACCAGCUGCUAUCAUAGCAGUGGGCUUGACCUGGCGCGAAGCCGUCUACAGCAUCAUCCUCGGUCUUUGCAUGCCCGCAAUUGUCCUGGUGCUAAACGGUGCAAUCGGGGCUCACCUGCACAUCCCGUUCCCAGUAGCGGCCAGAUCGAGCUUCGGCUUCACCUUCGCUCGCUUUGCGGUCGUCACAAGAAUGAUCACUGCGCUCUUCUGGCAUGCCAUCCAGACAUACACAGGUUCCACGGCAAUUACCCAAAUGAUCCGUGCAAUGUGGCCAAGCUACCUGGACAUACCGAAUCACCUACCAGAGUCCGCUGGGAUUACAUCGCAACAGUUGCUGUCCCACUUCAUCUUCUGGACUAUUCAAUUCCCGAUACUGUUGACACCACCACAUAAGCUGAAGUCGUUCUUCGUGUUCAAGGUUGUGGUCACGGUGACAGCCUGUGUUGGCACGGUCAUAGCGAUGACUUCGAAAGCGGGUGGGACCGGCGACAUCUGGAAGCAAGAGUACAGAGUCCACGGUGCUGAAAGAUCCUGGUUGAUACUGGCCAGUAUGAUGAGUGUUGCUGGUGGAUGGGCAACUAUGGCUACCAAUGUUCCCGACUUCACGCGCUAUCUCCGCAAUCCUCGUGGUGUGUACUGGCAAGGACUGUUUCUUCCCUUGAUCGGUCUGGUGCUUGGACUGUUUGGGAUCAUCUCCUGCUCGGCGGCCAAAGUCGUCUAUGGCGAGUACAUCUGGGAUCCUUUGGCGCUGGCCGCGAAGUGGGACGGACCUUCUGGACGAUGCGGCGCUUUCUUCGUUGGACUUUGCUGGGUGGUUGCUCAAAUUGGAACCAAUCUGUCUGCUAAUGUCAUCUCGUUCGCAAAUGAUAUGGUAUCUUUGUUCCCAAGGUACGUUAACAUUAGACGAGGUGCAAUCUUUGCUACGAUUGUUGCAGGGUGGAUCAUGGUUCCGUGGAAGAUCGUUCAUUCGGCUGCUUCACUGAUGACCUUCAUGUCAGGCCUUGCGAUCUUCCUGGCACCAAUCAGCGCGAUCCUGGCCUGCGAUUACUGGCUGGUCAAGAAGAGACACCUGGACGUACCGAGCCUCUAUCGCCGCUACGCACGCUAUCGUUACUGGUAUGGCCUCAACUGGCGAGCAGCCGCUGCCUUCAUCAUUAGUGUCACUCCGAACGUCCCUGGACUUGCUCGCGCUGUCAACUCCAGCAUUUCGUUACCAUCGGGCAUCGUGCAUGUCUACGACAUGAACUACCUGUACGGCUUGAUUUCUGCUGCAGUGAUUUACGCCACACUGUCGUACUUCUUUCCAGCUGUUGAAACACUACUCGACGAGAGCAUACUUGAUGAUGACCAUUUCGUCGAAGGAAUAGUAGAGUACAGUCCAUCUGGGGAGCAGAAGACGGCUCGAAGCAACCAGACAGAGAUUUCUAUUGGUAGUAAAAAGAAUCUGCAGGACUUUCACGAUGUUUGA